CGUGUUUUGUCGCUGUAUCAAAAAAUGAGCCAAUAACGUCACCUACAACUCUUUCCCAUCGAUUGAACGCAGAGUGGCCGUGUUUUUAUCAAUUUCACCUUUUCAUCCUCCUUCCUAAUUCUACUAAUUCACAACAAAAAACCUCAUGUCAGAUUUUGGAGACUUUAACGCACCUUCCGAAGACCCUACAGCCGAUUUUCUUGCUCGUGAAAGAGCUGCUUUAGGAGAAGAUGCUGACCUUUUCAGUAGCAACUAUGACACUACCAACUACAAUAACAACAACGUCUUGUCACCAUCUCUAAGUGUGACAUCACCCGUCCCUGCAAUGGAAGCUGCUCAACCCAUGACGCCCAGCAGCUUCAACGAUACACCUGCUCUUUUAGACAAUAAUGCCACUUCUUCUCCUCAAACAAGCAGCAGUGUCCCUCAACAAGUGGAGUCCAACUUGGUGGGCAACAAUUCUUUUGACAGCCAAUUCCCUGAAGCCGAGAACCUGGAAACCUCACAAGCUUUCCAAAAGGCUUUAUUACCAGAGGAAGAACCUGAAGUUGUUCGUCAAUGGCGUGAAAAGCAAAAGGAGCUUAUUGCUGAACGCGAUGCUGAAGCUGAAAAGAAGAGAGAAGAAACCAUCAAACAAGCUCGCGAAGACAUUGAUAAGUUUUAUGAAGAAUACAACGACAAGAAGCAAAAAGCAAUCGAAGAGAACAGAGAACGUGAGGAUACCAACGAUAAGAAGCGUGAUGAAGUUUCUUCAUCCGCUAAUGUUUGGGAACGUGUUGCUCGUGAAGUCGAUUUGACAAAUGCAAAGACGGGUUAUCAUACUCAUGAUGUUGGUAGAAUGAAGGAAUUAAUGAUGGAACUCAAAAGAGAUACUAAGGCACCUGGUAAUAUUGUCCAAGCUUAGAAAUGUUCUCUCCCUCUCUUCUUUCUUUUUUUUUUUUUUUCUUCUCC